AUGAGCGGCACGGGCGAGAACAGGCACUGGCGCCGCUCCUCCCAACAACCCCAACCCCAGCAGCAACAGCAGCGAGGCGACGCCCGCUCUGGCGCGAAUACCCCCCGCGACGGGCGCGCCCAGCCGCUGACCGCGGUGCCCGGGAACGUGUGGGGCGUGGAGGGGAAGGGGAAGCCUGCAGUUGCGCUGAGAGGAGGGGAGAGGACACCCGAUGGAGCGUCUACGCCUGUGAGGGCGCCCACGGCGCCUACGGCGCCGGCGGCGCAGGACAAUCAUAUACCGGUUAAGGAGUUCAAUGCUGGGGAGGUCAAGGAGUUCUUGAAGAAGAGGUACCAGGAGGCGGUUGCAGAUCAACCGUUGGCACAUUAUAAGGUUGCGGGCGAUUCAGUUGCGAAGAGGAGUAGUGGUGCUUGGGGCUCGCGAGGCAACAUGAGUCACCAGAUGCCAAACGGCCAGGACUUCUUCACCCAGCUGAAGAAGCAACUUCAGGCCCUCGAUGCUUCCAAGGGCUAG